AUGGCUUAUGGCGUCUUUAAUACUAUUAAAGGUGGUGACAAGGCGAAAGAAAUAUCUCAAGGCUCCCAGCUGCCAAUGGAUGUUCAUUUCAUCAAUGUCGACAGGCCUGGCCGUGUCCCCAACUGGCAACUGAGUCAAAUCACAGCCCACGCGAUGCGUAGGAACCAUGAACGGCGUCGUUGUAUAGAAUUUGAGACGACAAGAGUACAACCUCUUCCGAAAGUGAACCAAAUUAGGGGUGGUAAGAACCAUGUUCCUGAACAGCAGAGAUCGGGGAAAUCGAGACCUACCUCCAACAAAGAUCUAAAUUCUCGAAGCCAGACGCUCCUGAAGCAUUCGACUGCAGCCAAUGCGAGUGCAAACGCACCGCCUGCCGGCGGAGACAAGGGGGCCCGGCCAAUCUUGCUUUCCUCCCCAUCACCCUGCUCAAACAAACAUGGAUCUUCUCCAGAGACGCUCUCAGCUGAUGCUCCGGCGGACCCAUGCGACUGCCCAAAAUGUCAAGCCGAGUCAUUAGUCCUUGCAGCUUGCUCUACCGACACCGUCUUCGGUGGCCUGCGAACCGACCCAUUCCUACGAUAUCCUAUUGGAUCCCAGGACUAUUUCCCUGCUGUAAUCGAUCAUUGCAGGGAGAUUAUAGCACCGAGCCCUGCAUUUUUUGAGCUUUUCAUGACGCACGAUGUUCUAUUUGAGGCCAUCAUCACUUGGGUCCUAUGUACCUACUUGUUGCAUACACCCGAACUGAAGAAGGCUAUGCUGUAUCAUUAUGGCGGCUCUCUGUCAAAAAUCAGGGAACGGCUCCUCUUACCGGGUUCUACUCGAAGGGCUGUGAUGGCAGGUAUUUCAAACCUGGCCGCUGUUUGCGCUUACUUUGAAGAUGAAGCAUCUUUCGCCAUGCAUCGCAACGCCCUUCGUUAUCUAGGCCAGUUCAAAGACAAUGAAGAUUUGCGCAAACACGAUAUUGCUGCAUCUACCAAACGUCCUUCCAGUUUUCACGAUGCCUUGUCGUACGCUCGACCAAGGAUGAAGGGAACAGUUUCCAGAAAAGAUGCCCUCCCCGAGAACAGUUCCUCGACUCCAAUUGAGCUGGUAUAUCCAACCCUCCCUUUCUCCGUCGAACUGUCCGCCCGCCUCACCCGAGUUUGUGAAGGUUUCAGAGAGCUCGCGUUACGCAGGAUCCUUUCGAGUCAGGUCAUUGAACGGCUAGCCAUGGAAAGAGGCCAAAUCGUUCGCCUCGCAUCGAGAGCAACACGAGACCGCGAACAGUCUCAGGCUCUCCGACAAAAGUUGACACCGAUGGAGCGCCUGAUCUGGUUGGGCUUCUCUGUGUUCCAUCUCUACACUGCCACAUACCAAUUGGAUCGCGAAGAAAUGGCAGAAACAUUCCUCGAGUGCUCGCGAAAGAUGGUCCGUGGCUCUCCGAUAGAAAACGAUUGUCUUUUAUGGGGUGGGUGCGUGGUCACAGCAACUAAAGAAAUUGAAGGUUGUUCGCUCGUCCGGGGUGAAGUCGUGACUAGAAUCCUCCUAUCGAGGUUCAAGAUGAGCAUCGAGCAAAUGAACGAUGUGGCACGGAAAUUUCUCUGGAACGAGUCGAUGAGCUCUUGUCUGACAGCGGCCUUGCGUCACCGCUUUAUCGUUGUGCCAGAGAUCGAAGAGACGGCCGAGUGGCGUACAUGGCUUUAA